UAGCGAUGACACGACACGGCCGGUGUUCUUCCUUUUACGUAGGAUCUGUAGCGAAGGCGCACGUUCAUUUACAACCGGUGUUCGUUUUAGUUUCCAAUAAGCCGUCAAAAUGGUGUACACAGAUGUCAACAAGCUCAAUGAGUUCCUCGCAGAUAAGAGUUAUAUGGAAGGCUACCAACCAAGCCAGGCGGAUGUGACGCAGUUCAAGACACUAUCGGGAGCGCCAUCUGCUGACCUCUGCCACGCACUGAGAUGGUACAACCACAUUAAGUCUUACGAAAAGGAGUUCGGCAGUCUACCCGGUGAACCGAAAAAUGCGUCUGCACCUGUAGAGGAUGAAGAUGAUGACGUUGACUUGUUUGCUUCUGAUGACGAGGAAGAAGAAGAUGAUGAAGAGACUAAGAGGAUCAAGGAGGAAAGGCUACAGGCCUACAAUGCAAAGAAGCAAAAGAAACCAGCGCUGAUCGCCAAGUCGAUGAUCAUCCUCGACGUGAAGCCGUGGGAGGACGAGACGGACCUGGUGGAGAUGGAGCGUCUCGUGCGAGGCGUCGUGGCGGACGGUCUCGUGUGGGGCGCCUCGAAGCUCGUGCCCCUCGCGUACGGCAUCAGGAAGCUGCAGAUCAGCUGCGUCGUCGAGGACGACAAGAUCGGCACGGACUUCCUCGAGGAAACGAUCACGGCAUUCGAGGACCACGUCCAGUCGGUCGACAUCGCCGCCUUCAACAAGCUGUAGGGCUGUCACCAGAGGGCGUUCUACCUCGACGUCCGCUCCGUCGGCGACGCGGCAUCGGUCGGGUCAUGCAACGGGGUUGUCGGACGGUGUACGCUAUCGCGUCACAGUUUGCUUUCUGCGCCCGUUUAACGAGAAUAAAGGUGUGUUUUGCAAAAUGAAA